UUACGGAACUCCAUGCUCUGAAGCUCAUUGCUGCUGCACAGUCUUCAGUCUGUCGAUAACGAAAUGGCGUUACUUUACAAGUCAGCUGCAACGCUCCUGAGGCCGUCGAGGCUGGCGCCUUUCAGUGCGGCAAUAACGCGACAGUACUCAGCGGGCCAGUUCCAGCACAUCCUGGUGGAGAAGCGCGGGGAGCAGCAGAACGUGGGCUUCAUCCAGCUGAACCGGCCCAAGGCCCUGAACGCGCUGUGCGACGGCCUGAUGCUGGAGGUGGGACAGGCACUCGACACCUUCGAGGCCGACCCUCAGGUGGGCGCCAUCGUCAUCACGGGCAGCGAUCGAGCUUUCGCAGCGGGUGCUGACAUCAAGGAGAUGCAGAACCGAACGUUCCAGGAGUGCUACGGGGGGAACUUCCUGGCCCACUGGAACAAGGUGUCCCUGGUCAAGAAGCCCGUCAUCGCCGCCGUCAACGGAUUCGCUCUCGGCGGUGGCUGUGAGUUUGCCAUGAUGUGUGACAUCAUAUACGCAGGGGAGAAGGCCCAGUUCGGCCAGCCAGAGAUCCUCCUCGGGACCAUCCCAGGUGCAGGCGGAACUCAGAGACUGACGCGAGCCGUAGGGAAGUCCCUCGCCAUGGAGAUGGUGCUGACCGGUGACCGCAUCUCCGCCCAGGACGCCAAACAGGCAGGUCUGGUGAGUCGAGUGUUCCCCGUGGACCAGCUGGUUGCGGAGGCCGUUAAGACGGCGGAGAAGAUCGCCGGCAACUCCAAGCUGGUGUCGGCCAUGGCCAAGGAGGCGGUCAGCGCAGCGUUCGAGUUGACGUUGGCUGAAGGGAAUCGUCUGGAGAAGAGGCUGUUCCAUGCCACCUUCGCCACGGAGGACAGGAAAGAGGGGAUGACCGCGUUUGUGGAGAAGAGGAAAGCCGACUUCCAAGAUAAGUAACAGAAGUGGAGUCGAGUGGACACGUUGGACUGUCGUAGGAUAGAUGGUUGUCGUUCUGCAGUUUCUGCUGGACCUUGAGAAGUGUGAUGCCUUACUGCAGUUUCCUGCCUGCCUGACUAACGAGAGGCCCAGACUGGACAAGCUGUCCGUCUCCAUAACACACGUCUGCUGGGAAAUUGCGCCAACACACACACACACACACACACACUUUUAAUCACUACUGUUCUCUUUGCCUUCUCUGAAUCCAUCACGUUUUUGAUACAUGUGUUUGUCUCAAGAUUGUUUGCUGAAUAAAAUAUUAGUUGUGUUA